ACUCAGCCCAUCUGCCAGGCAGCCUAUCAGAAUGACUUUGGUCAAGUGUGGCGGUGGGCAAAAGAAGACAACAACUAUGUCAAUGUUCAAGAUGGCUUUAACGGAGACACUCCCCUGAUCUGUGCCUGCAGGCGAGGACAUGUGAGAAUCGUUUCCUUCCUUUUAAGAAGAAAUGCUGAUGUCAACCUCAAAAACCAGAAAGAGAGAACCUGCUUGCAUUAUGCUGUGAAGAAAAAAUUUACCUUCUUUGAUUAUCUACUCAUUAUCCUCUUAAUGCCUGUCCUGCUUAUCGGGUAUUUCCUCAUGGUAUCAAAGACAAAGCAGAAUGAGGUUCUCGUACGAAUGCUACUUGAGGCUGGCGUGGAAGUUAAUGCUACAGACUGUUAUGGCUACACCGCAUUACAUUAUGCCUGCGAAAUGAAAAACCAGUCUCUUAUCCCUAUGCUUUUGGAAGCCCGUGCAGACCCCACAAUAAAAAAUAAGCGUGGUGAGAGCUCACUGGAUAUCGCACGGAGAUUAAAAUUUUUCCAGAUUGAAUUAAUGCUAAGGAAAGCAUUAUAAUCCUGUGACCUUGCAGAUGGAGAUAUGGACAAAGUUAAAGGACAGGAUGCUAUCUCCUUCUUGGACUGUUGGUCUGUGGGCCACUCAGUCUGGAUGUCACUGUUUUAUUGGGGUGAUUGCUGUGGUUAAUGUUUUAAAGAGAGUGUUGUAUUUAUAAUAUUUUUUACUCAAUGGAGUUCACCAUGGGCAUAGUAUUUCUAGGGGAAACAUUAAAGUUGCUGGAAUCUCCACUUCAGUUAGGAAAAAAUGUGAUGCUUCA